UACAUGUAAGCGGGACGGAACAUUUGAACGGCAUCUGGGCGGGGACAUGGAUGCAGUCCAAAUGCAACUUCCCGACUCCGGCUUUCCAGAAAAAUGUACGUUGGCGCCCUUCGAUGGAUGCUUUGUGUAGGCCUACUGGCUCGAGUAAAUGCAUCUAUUAAUCCGCCAUCUUAUCGUCUCGCUUUGGAGUUUGAGCCGGCAUCACAGUCUUGUGCCGUUGUUGCCUCUGGGCCCUCUCAACUGCACAAGGGUCUGUUGGACGAAGCUGUAGUGCUCGUGAAACGGCCGCUGAUAGUAGACCGACAUGGGCAUGGGCAUUCGACAAGCACAUCACAAUACGUCGAGAUCUUUGGCAGGGAUCACCGCGCAGCUUUAACGAAGGCUGUGGAAUUGUGUGGGGCCCCUCUGGUCGAGUCAGAAAUCGGUUUAGCUGUCACCGACGCUAUAGAUGAUGGGCUUGUUGAUGCGUUCGAGAUUUUUGAAAUUGUCAACUCCGGUCCACCAGAAAAUCGCAUCGACAUCGUCAUCAUGGGUGACGGAUACAUUGCGUCGGAGAAGAUGAAGUUUUUGGAUGACGCGAAGCGGCUUGCGCACGAUCUCUUUGUGGGGGACACAUUCAAGUCAGUGUUACCACUGCUGAAUGUUUGGGCAGUUUAUGCGGCAAGCAAUGAAAGUGGCAUUGGAGUAGGUGGGAAGCCCAAAAACACAACAUUUGGUUUGUACAGAGAUGGCACGGAGUUGCGAGGCAUUUACUGUUCAAAGAUGCAUGUUGCUCGCAGGGCAUGUAAAGCCAUUGGCCCGUUUGCCUGUGACUACCCGACUUUAAUUGCGAACGACGACUUCUACGGAGGACUUGGGGGCGAGUUCACAAUAUCGACACGCUCGAAAACGUCGGGUACCAUUGUGCUCCGUCAUGAGCUUGGCCACAAUCUUGUGGAGGUUGGGGAGGAGUACGACGGUGGCGAGGUCUAUGAAGGUGUCAACUCUGCUUUGAAUAUUACGAGAAUACCUUGGGCACAUUGGUUACACCCCGGUGAAGUCAAAGAGCAGAAGAGUGAACAGGCUCUCCACGACUACGCAUGGCAUGAUCUCACAACAGGGGCGUACCGCAAAGUCUUCCAUUCAGACAGUUCGUUCGGGAGAUGGUUCAUUCGUGCUAGCGCUUCUGGAGUGCCCGACAAGCAAAGUUUACAAGUCUUGCUGGACGGACGUGAACUCGAUUGGGUAGAAACAGGAAAUGACGAUCGCUGUUUUCUCGAAUGGGUACAGCUGGAUGAAACGAAGCCUUUGGGGCAGGGAUUCCAUGUCAUCGAGUUUAAGUCGACACCGAAGGAGAACGGUCGCCCACAGCAGUUGUGCCACAUCGAAGUUCUCCAAUACGGGAAUGAACCUGACUUCACUUGGGAGCCGGACUAUAUCGGUGCGUUCCCUACAUUUGAUUCGAGAGGGCAAAAGACAAUACGUCCAACAAAUGAAGGGUGCUUAAUGCGGAAUAUGUCCAGACCAACCCUCUGUAAACCUUGCGUAGAGGGGCUAUGGCGAAGCUUAAUGUCUCGAGUUGACCUCAUCGAGAGCGUCAAGAUCAUGACAUCGAAAGACGAGGUUUCAGUGAGCCUCCGUACCAUGCACUUCGGCAAAUUCCGUGAGGACCGUAAUCGUAUAGUAGGAGAAGAACUGAAGGUGUCCUGGUACAGAGAUAAUGUCAGGUUACCGCAAUUUGAUGACGAGUUUUCAGUAAGCGGAACUAGCGAACACAUGUGGGGCAAUUGGGCGAUCGAAGUUGAGCUAUUAACUCCAGAAGUACGGAGCGACCCGAACGGCUAUUUGAAGAGCGAAACCUAUUUCUCGAUCGGUAGGGGCCAGUAAUAUGAGACUGAAUAUGAUUAAUGGAUUUCCCCUUCCUCCUCACUUGAUUCCUCUUCGCGCAACUUGGGUAAGACAGCCUGCUCCGUUACAUCACCUUUGGG